AUGAGACCUGCCUCCAGGGUUUCCAGUGAGGACGGCGCCGGUCCCGUCCCGACAGGGGGCAGGUGCUGGGGAGGCUUUUUGGUCCAGGGGUUCUCCUUAGGCGGCGGCGGCGGCGGCGGCUUCAGCUUUUCCUUAGGGCCGGUCGCCGCCUCAUCCUCCAGGGCGCCCUCGGCCGGCGGGUCCCUCGGCAGGGGUGGCGGUGGUUCCCCGCCGAAGGGGCCCCCGGGCCCGCGCGGCUUGUGCGCCAGGUGCAGCGCCAGGGGUCUCACGGGCACGGCCGCCUGGGGCACACUGUGCCCCAGCACCAGCGCCGGCGACGGCUCUCCCCGCGCACCCGCGAUGAUGGCUGUCGCGGCCCUCUCUUCACUCGCCGCCAACUUGCCCUCCCGUUCGGGCGGGGACAGCUGCUCGGCCUGCCGACUCGCCGUUACCAGCGACUCCUUCUCAGCAGCCACCGCGGAUGGCUCCUCCCGAGAAAAACCCGAAAGCCCGGCCACCGCCGCCCGCGUCGGCCGACGCCGUGCAGCGCCCGGCGUGCCGCCCCUCCCCGCGUGGAACGGAGCGGUAACCGCCCGCCGGCCCAGCCCGCCUCACAGGCUCACGUCCCGAGCCAGCCAACAAGCGCCGGGCGCCGCAGCCGGGAGCCGCGAGCCCUCACCUGGCGCAGGCAGCGGCGAAGGUGCUGCGAGCCGGGGCUGGAGGACCUCUAGCAGAGUCAAGGAGGCGCGUGCCCCCAGAGCCGGGCCGGCCCCGCCCCAGCGGCCAGCAGAGGGGGAGGGAGGGCGAACUGGACGAUUCCGCAGCUCGCGGACUACCGCGGCCCGGACUGCGGGAGCAGGGGCGGGCGCUAACGGGGCCUCUGUGACUCGCCGCGCAGUGGCGCUGCGCUCUGCCCGGUGCGGGCAAGGGGCGGGGCGGCCUACGCACGUGGCGCCUGACAGGUGGGGCGGUCUCUUUGCCCCAGGCCAGGACGCGAAAUUGACUCGAGGAGGGGUGGUCUCUACCGACGACCCUGGGCCGUUUCUUUACGAGCCAGGGUCCCGGACGGGGCCGUUUUGCCUUUGUGUCAGUCGCUUCGCCCGGUGAAAAAGUUUCCCCCUGAGGUUUUGGCGCACCUCGAUCACUUGUAAUCCUGAGCCAUGUCCAGAAUGGAAAUUGUGUAAUUU